AUGUCCCAAGGCCGCAUCUUACCGCUCGAGUUAAUUGACAAAUGCAUUGGCUCGAAGCUUUGGAUCAUCAUGAAGGGUGACAAGGAAUUUCUCGGUACACUCCGAGGUUUUGACGAUUACGUUAACAUGGUGCUGGACGACGUUACCGAGUACGAGAUUACUCCGGAGGGAAAGCGUGAGGUGAAGUUGGACCAAGUUCUGCUCAACGGCAACAACGUCUGUCUGCUCGUGCCAGGAGGAUUUCCGACCACUUCCUAA